GAAUAUGUUACAAAUCAUUUUAGUCAGUUAUACAAGUUGUUUCAACCAACAAUACAAGUGACAUAGCCGUGGGGCAAUCCACUCCCGCGAUAUUGGUAUUUUAGUGGCAGUGUUUCAUUGAGAUUCGUGUACAAGUUUGAGGCCUUGUCUCAAUGUCAUCUAGUACCACGAAUUAUGUAUCACGUACAGAUAUUAAUAUUUAUUAUUCAUCACACAACAUUUGUUAAGUUCAGCGCCAUCUGUCGUGGAAUAGUUGACCAACUCGUUGAUUUUGUUACUAUAGCUUCUGAAUUAUUGAAUUAACAGAGCAAUAUGGACGAUUUUGAAGAUAAGAUUCCCGUCCUCUGUGUGGGUCCUAAAGGAUCUGGAAAAACAACUUUAUUAAAGAAAUUACAGGACGCCGAAGGAAUAGAUUACACCUACAGUCCAGUACCAACGAUAGGAACAAAUAUUUACGAUCUGCAUUACUUCAAUAGACAUGGAAAAAAACAGGUGGUAACUAUAAGAGAGGUAGGCGGUGAAAUGUCACAGCUUUGGAGUAAUUAUCUUGAAGGAAUCGUAAAGGUAAUAUUUGUAGUGGAUACAUCGAACUUAUGCCAAAUCUCUGCAGCAGCCGUGAUGUUGUACACUCUUCUCGCUGAACCAAAAUUACAGCGAGCGAAGUUUAUUUUAGUUUUAAGCAAGAUGGAUGCAGCCUACAGGCAGAUGCGCAACGAAGCGCUUUUGAUGCUUCAAUUUACCAGACUUAGUAAAGAACUGCGGAAUGCCCCCAUUCUUCUAGAAGCUUCACCCUUGACGGGGAUUGGCUUGGACGAUCUUCGAUACCAGCUAACAGACACAAAAACUAUUUCUAAAUAA